AUGUUGGAUGUUGGAAUCUUGGAAGUUGAGUAUUUGAAUCUUGGAUGGGCGGAGGUCAAAGAGGGAGAGAAGGCAGAGAGUGAGAGUGAGAACCGAAUAAGGCUUCUCUCGACACCAACCGACUUGGUGGGUAUAAAGUCGGAGAGCGUAGCGCAGACUCGUCGCAAGCGGAUCAUAGCGGAACUUAAACGUCUUGGGUGGGAGGAGAAAUUCUUCCCGAAGAACGAGAACGACUAUAUGUACAAUGAGUGGGAAGCGUACGUGGACAAGUCCGAAGAAUUUACCAUACGUGGCUGGAACGCUGCCCUCGAGAGAACCAAGAAGCUCAAAGGCCGCUGUGCCUACGCCAUCGACAAGUGCUACAUUGUUUUUCGACUCGCUCAGCCCCAAGAAGAAAAGCGUCGGAUGCCUCCCACUAAUGACCUUUUCUUGCAACCCGCUCGUGAGAUCUUCAUCGAGGAGCAUCACGAACAUGACAUCACGGAAGACCAGCUCUUCGACCUCCUCGUGCAAUUGAAAGUGGACACGAGCGACUGGCUAGAGCGAAUCAAGCCUGCCGUGCUGGCAACGCUCAAGGGCUUUCGGGCUAAUAACAGGCCCACGGUCGAUGACUUCGACCAGGCCCGAGUCCUCUUCUCUUGCUCUUGCAGCCGUUGUCGGAUGAGUUCCUAUCGCGAGGGCCGGGAUUCAGAGUGUAAAUAUCUAUGGACGUUCGGUGAUAUCGUGGAGCACUUGGUCGACGGUUUUCCCACCAGGAGAUGGGAGGAGACUGCCCGCGAGAUGGGUUCAUGUGCGACAGUGACCAAAGCGGCGGAGGACGUGCUCAAGGCGCUUGGUCUGUCUAAAGAGGCCUCUAUGGAUCAGAUCUCCUUCACGAGUCUUGUUUACCACGUCCAUACGGAGAGGUUCCACUACUCUGACUUGAAGCGGAAAACCCCCUCUGCGAACAAAGCUUUGCUGCACAAACUCGCUAUUGACAGCCCUAGCGUCGCAAAUCUUUCGAAGUUGGUCAGGCGUGCAACCGACGAUGAAUCUGUGGACAACGGCCCACUGAUGCCCAGUCCAGGUGGUGCUGCGUUCUGUCGAAUCUGCUAUCAAAUCGGCGACAAAGAUACGCAUCUUUGGCUUGGGUGGGACGCGAUGUGGCAUAUGAAGACUCUACACGGAAAGGAUCUCGACGAGAAAGACCUCGAUCCAAAGCUUGAUCCUGAGUCGGAAUAA